UCCUCAAAAUCCAACCGGUAUAUAAACUCACACACUGACCUACUUUGACAGCAGAGGAACACGGUGUCGCACUCAGAAAACUUCACCAAACCCUUUGACUUUCGGACUCAAGAAUGUUGCAGUGUGUGUGCUUGUUGCUGCUGGCGGCCUCGGCCCUGAGCCACCUGGAUGAAGCCUCUCUGGACACCCAGUGGGAGGAUUGGAAAAUCACACACCGGAGAGAAUACAACGGCCUGGAUGAAGAGGGGAUUCGCAGGGCCAUCUGGGAGAAGAACAUGCGGCUGAUUGAAGCCCACAACCAGGAGGCAGCACUGGGCAUCCACUCCUACGAGCUGGGGAUGAACCACCUGGGCGACAUGACGUCAGAGGAAGUGUCCGAGAAGAUGACCGGUCUGCAGGUCCCGAUGGACAGCGAGCGCAGCUUCACCACGGCUCUGGACGACGCGGCGUUCAAGUUUCCCAAAUCCAUUGACUACCGCAAGAAGGGCAUGGUGACUCCAGUGAAGAACCAGGGUUCCUGUGGCUCCUGUUGGGCCUUCAGUUCGGCCGGGGCCCUCGAGGGCCAGUUGGCCAAGACGACGGGGAAGCUGCUGGACCUGAGUCCCCAGAACCUGGUGGACUGCGUCAAGGAGAACAGCGGCUGCGGAGGAGGAUACAUGACCAACGCCUUCAAGUACGUGCAGGACAACGGAGGCAUUGACUCGGAGGCGGCCUACCCGUACGUCGGAGAGGACCAGCCGUGCCGCUACAACUCAUCGGGCAUGGCAGCCCAGUGCAAAGGCUUCAAGGAGAUCACAGUGGGCGACGAGCAAGCGCUGGCUCGAGCUCUGUGUAAAGUGGGUCCCAUCUCCGUGGGCAUCGACGCCUCGCUCGGCACCUUCCAGUUCUACCAGAGAGGUAUUUACUACGACCGCAACUGCAACAAAGACGACAUCAAUCACGCCGUGCUGGCUGUUGGCUUCGGAGUGAACACCAAGGGGAGGAAAUUCUGGAUCGUCAAGAACAGCUGGAGCGACCAGUGGGGCAAGCAGGGCUACAUCAUGAUGGCACGUAACCGCGAUAACCUCUGCGGCAUCGCCAACCUCGCCAGCUACCCCGUCGUGUGAAGAAGGACGAAAAGGGGCUUUGCUUAGUCUACGACACACAGAAAUGCACUUGACUAUGUAUGCAGAGCUCAUUCCUACCAUGGAUGUAUUAUUAAACCGGUGGUCCAGUUGCAAAUAAAUCCCCUGGAGCCCAAAAACUACAUUUUAAAAGAGACAUCUCAGGUCAAUUAUCACUCUUAUUAUUGUACAUUUUUAAAAACAGUUCCAAAGCCCCAGAAAAGUAUUUUGUUGUUUUUUCUGAAUGACAUCACUGCUGAACGGUUUGCCCGUUCUCAUUGGCUCAUACCUGGGCCAGAGGCAUGAUGGGAUUAACACAUAACCCGGAAGCUAGAAACCUUUUUUGGUGAAUGCGCCGCAGGCGAGCAGUUCUCAUUGAACUGAACAGACGCCAUUUUUGAUGACCCAGUUCUGUAAUACAUCCAUGAGUCCAACAUACAAAACCACUGCAAACAAUAACAGAGGAUUUUAUUCUGUCUUGCUGGUUUUUAAAACAUAUAUUUUUGAAUCACCAAACAUUAAAAUAAGAAACCAGACUCUUUUGGAAUGAACCUCUUCCAGCGAUGAAAAGUGUGAAACGUUUGUGUGAAGUCUUAGAUUCCAAGUGUCUGAUGAGGACGUUUGGAUUAUCUUGAGUUAUUUGAAGCACUUUGAACCUCUUUAAGACUCUUCAGUUGUAUGUUCGCACCAGCAGACCUCCACGGUGGUCUGCUCCAUAAACAGGUUUAGUACCUCCAGGGCCUGCUGUUAGUGACCCUAAACCUGAACACUGUACCAAGUCCAAUCUCAGCAGGCACUCAACUCACAGUAGCACGCUGGGAGGCGGAGACAGUUCCACGGCCCCUUCAGCUUUAACUACAGGUCAAGAACCAACAGAGUUUAAAUUCACUGUGACAGGAAGCAUUGCUGGCCAAUGGGAGCUCCUCCUUUUUCUUUCGACGCAGAGUCGGUUCUUUUAAAAUUUUAAGUUUUUUCUCUCGAUCGUGUCGACUUUUGUUUUUCUGUUCAGCACUUUUUCUGAUGAUCAAACUGUAAACUGGUGUUUUCUAUGAAUAAAGGUUUCAUUUUGAAGUUAAA